AAGCGCGCAAACGCAUCCAGUAUGACUCGGCGGUGAUACACUCCCUCGAUCUUUUUUGUGACCCUUAUCUUGGCUGUAUUACGGUUCAUUUGCUCGCACCGGUGGUUGUUCAAUCUGCCCGUGGGUCCCAUAAUUGUUUCGAGGUGUCGCUCCGUGUCCUUUCGAAGGACUUCCUCGCUGAUUUAGAUGCAUGAUCAACACGGAUAUUGUGGAAUCAUGGGAGGAGAAGUAAGUACGUUCUUAGCAGAGUGCGUCUGUUUCAAGCUAUUUCGAGCAAGCCUCGAAAGGACCGAAAAAUAUAAACGUGACUACACCUUCAAGUUCAAGAUGAUCAAAGUAACCUAACUUCACCUUACGUUUCUGCAAGUCCAAGCGCUUUGCUCAUAUUAAUAUAGAAGAGAAGUGUAAGAUAAAGAUUCGAAACCAAGAUUCUGCUUCACAGGUAGAUUUACACAUCGUAAGUGAAUCGGUUUAGAUAGAAAGAAAAGUAACAGCGUGAAAAGUAGUUUGAAAAAAUCUCGAAAAAGCAAAAACGCCAUGUCGGAAGCCGAGGUGGGGCGGAUGCUGCAAAGCGCCGCGCUGGCGUCGGGUAAUAUCGGUGGUGUGUCGCAGAUGAACGGCGCGGGCAGACCAGGCCACGCACUGGAUCAUGGCUCAAAAGACGAGUUGCAGGCGAAAAAGGUUGUUGAAGAGAAAAUCGCGUUUGUUGGGCGGCACUUGCGAGAUCCGUACGCGGAGUCCAUUCACGAUUUGUCUCAUUUUUUGAUCACGCUGCAGUGUGUGUGCGAGAAUCCCGGCGUAGAGCUCGAAGACAUGGCCUGGGAAGUGGGGCUGCCCGAGGUACAAAUGGUUUGUGUGCUACAAAGGGCUCGCGAGGACAUUGCGACGUUUCCCUCGUACUUUCAGAACGGCUUGCGCGCCUGGACCUGCCUGGAUCGAGUGGCAGUCCGCACGCAAGAACUCCCGAGUGCGGAGCAGAAUGCAGCUUGUGCGCACGACAACAAGCAACGCGCCGCGGGUCCGGUGCAAGUUCGGCUGCUCCGAGAUUUGGAUGCGAAUUGGAAGAAAGGGCAGGUAGGGACCCUCCUUGGCGCCGCCGUAGAGCCUUGGGACCAGGAGCAGGUGAAGCGAAGUCACGACCAAGGUCGCUCCAUGCAAAAUCGAGUGAUGGAAGAUCGGGGGAGGCGAUGCGUCGUCGAUUUCUCCUCAACCGCAUCAACCAAGACCACGAACGCUUCUGCGGUCGACGCGGUCCAAUACGUAGCAUUUGACGAUGUGGAGCUAACCCCGGAAUGCAAGAAAGUCCUCCGUCCGGAUCCUCAAGCAUUGUUGCCAUCGUCUUUCAGUACGGACAAAAAAGAAGAAAAUGUGAAAGAGAUAGAGCAGAACAGCAUGAGCAGUUAUUCGGGAGGGAACGACACGGAGAGACGGAAAAAUGAGAAUUCAUCUGCGAUGGAGAAUGUACGAGUAAACGAUAUUAAAGUUCCGGCCGUGGUCGAGCGUGCCAGCGUGCCUGUGUCUCUACCACCAGCUGUCACCGAGGUCGCCGACCCGGAAUUUCACAAGUUCUACGCUGUCUGGGCAACGAGUGGGAAUGAGUUACUAACCCUGAAGCAACUCGCAGCGGAAACCGGAAUUUCGGUGGGAAAGGCCCAACGGCUUUUGCGCAAGGCGAAAGAAAUCGGCACGGGACAAGAACAAGACAAAGCCCCUGACAACAGCCAAAAACAUGACAAGGACAACACCAUUGGGGGACGAAGCAACUGCUCUUCGUGGCCGUAUAACGUGCCGACCACGGAUCUUGUUGCCUACGAGGAGAUCGUGCGUGUAGAUGCGAUGCACCAGGCUGCGGUCAAUGCGCGCUUCGUGAUCGCGGAGCCGAGUCGCUCAUUGGAGAGAAAGAAGCUGACCGCAAAAGAACUGGCCGGGGCGAAAGCGUGCAACGCGUCUUCGGAGGAGACCCACAGAACUAUCGUGAAACUUCCCGCCCACGACAAAACGCAGGAGGUGAUAAGCACGAACCCGCACGGGACGCAGAAUCAACUUUUGACGGAAGAUAUCGCAAAGAAGAACAAAGGCGUGAUGAUGGGCAUGGAGCAGGGGGUCGCACUGACGAAAAGGACCUUGAAGGAAAUGGCAAGAGACAAGGAGAAAACGAAGAGGGAGGCGAAGAAAAGCGAAGGCGUCACGAAGUCGAACGAUCCAGGAAAUGUUCCUGGACGUACUGAGCAUCUUGAGUUUUUUCGCGUCACAAAGGAGAGCUUCGAAGUGAUUGCGGUUUUUGGGCCACUGAAGGAGUUGAUGAUGUGUCCUGCGUUUUCGAGGGAGGAGAAGGAUCGAAUGUUUCCGCUUUUGAAUGACUGUGCACGGCAGGAACACACGGUCUUCGAUACCUUCUACUUUUCGCGUCUGGCCACGCAGAAGCACAUACGUAUGACGCUGAAAAAACCCUUGCGCAUCUUAUGCACCAGCCGGAUCCCGGACUCGUUUGCGAACUUUCGGCGGUAUCUAGAGGCCGGGGGAACCUUCGAACGGGAGAGCGAUAUUGCCGCUGCCGAAGGUGGCUUCUUGACCGCGGAAGCUUAUUGGAUAAGCAAGGCGCCACAAGGUAGUAGUGCAGGAGCUGCAGUGCUUGUUUGUGUUUAUUCCUCAUUGAUGGUAAGAAGUGUAGAAGUUGUGCGACGAGCACCAGCACGACAGUGUGACAGAAUCACAAUCAGCGUGAAAGUCGCAGAAUAUUAAGCUUUUGCUUCAAACAGGUUACGAUGUUCGGCAAAUGACGUCGGUGAAUGCCAAGGGGCAAACCGUGACGAACUGGACUUUUGUGAGAAAUGAUGCGGCCGCACUAGCCCAGUUGAGGGCUUUAGGUAGCGACGGCCAGAAGAUGGUUAUGGAAGCGAUGAGAGCAAAUACUCCAAAUGGUGGGGAUUUCAUGCAAGCGAACAUCGACAUUGGCGAGUGGCGGAACAAAUUCGCUCAGGCGAAGCAAGGGCUACAGGAGGUCGAAAGCGCAACGGACAUGAGCCGCAGCGUUCCGUUUGAACAAGAUAGUGGCAUACUGCAACAGGUCCAAGCGGAGCUGGCUAUCAGUGACGAAGUGAAAGCGACUGCCGAGCAAAAAUCAGACGGGCGCGACACGGUGCGCGCUCGAAGGCUUCGGGCAGAAAAGCUCGAUGAGAAGGAAGCAGAGCUGAGAGAUGCGGACGAGAAGAGAAGAAAGGGGAAAGAAGCGGUGGCUUAUGACAUCAAGUUGAACGACGACGGCACCAGUUUCAUGGUGCCGCAAGGUGUGUCUAUGGCGAACGUGAAGCUGGAUAAGAUUGACGAUCGCGACUUCGACUCUGAGACAUCUUCUUCUGAUUCGCCGGAGAAGACGGAGAAGAGACGGGAGGCUUUCAGGAACAAGUUCUCAAAUAAAUCGAAGCAAGUUCAUGAUGCGGCAGCACCCCAUUUUCGAGAUUUCAGGGACGAGAAGAUCGAAAUAUCAUACUCGCUGCCGGAAGGUGCACAGACAUCGCCGACGGAUUUCUGGCUCGAACAGUGCUUCUGGAAAUGUAUCGAAGACCAAAAGGACGACCUGUCGCAGACGGACCUCGCCACCGGCCUCCUCUUGGCAACGUCUCUGGAUGAGGAGACCGGGACAGUUUCAGACGAAAGAGCGAGGCUGAUGAUGCAAGAAGAGCCCGGAGUAGUGCAAACUUCCGAUGAAGCGUUCUCGUCUCUCGUCGCGUGGCUGCGGAACCCAAAAAUCCUCGCGGAGCAAAAGAGACGGGCGGAAUCGAUCGCACGGGAGUGGCAAGAACAGACUCAAAAAACCGCUGCGAACGUCGAUGCGAAGAGCAAAAACUUCAAACCAAAGAAGCGCGUCCCGGCGGCGGAUGAACUGCAGGACAGCGAUUUCUUUUUGAGUUCGCCACGAGAUGCGCAAACUAAAGAUGCAUCGAAAACUUCGCAGCUUCUAUUACCGGCUUCGGGUAGUAUUGCGGUGCACAAGUUUUGGCGCAAGCGCAUGAAAUUCCGGCACGUCGUGCGUGGUGUCAACGAAAUGCGGAAAAAAGGGUUACUCGACGUCGAACAAAAAUCGGCGGCAGCGAGUGCAAAUGGGGGAAGUAGCUGUCUCUCGAUUCACACAACAAUAAAAGGGUCUCACUACGUUAUUCAUGGCCCGGGCGGCACCGCGACCAUCAUCCGUGACCACAAAGGAACCAUUGAAAAGUCGGGCGAUGACGUUAUGCGGAUGUUGAAACACAUUGCAUACGUUACAGGUGGCGGAGGCUCGGGCGCUGUGGCAGCUGGGAAUGAAGGAAGCGUCGAGAAGGCGGGCACUACUUAAAAAUGAGUUUUGGGAGUUGCGCUGGCACACACAGGUGGAGCGUUUUUUGACCGUUUGAGUAAGGUUGGUACGACAAUUUAAUGAGCAUGACUCAAAGGGUAUAACUAUAAUCUUAAUCUUCUGAAUGAAUGAGAUGUAAAGAGAGGUACAGCGCGAGCGCACAAAUAGAACAAGGUCUCUCUGUGACAGAGAUAUGAAAAGGCGGAGUGGACGAUCAUGAACAGGAUGGAACGCAGCUAAGAGCUAUCAAAAAAUGACG